AUGCGUUCCGCUCUCUUCGCUACUGCCUCCUUGGCUCUGACAGCCUCGGCUUCCAAGAUCAAGCGCCAGGGCGAGUUCACCCUCCCCGUCGAGCCAAAGACAUGGACCUCGGACGGCGUCGUCCACACCGGCCUCCCCCUCGGCACCUUCACAGAGACCAACACCAACACAGAUGUUUACGUCCCUUCCAUGCCACUCGAGACACCCACCACCAUGUCAGAGGACACUCCGAUCGUAACCGUCACCACCCCUGCAGAGACAGUCACCUUCACGACGCCCAUUGGCAGCAGCAGCGGCACCACCGUCACCGAGACGGACGCCGCUACGGAGACCGAGUCGCCCACCGAGACUGACGAGGACGGCAACCCUGUCGAGACGGACGGCGGUGAUGACGAGGACCAACCCGGCGCAGCAGCCCUCGCCAGGCCCUUUGCCGGUGCUCUUGGCGCCAUUGCUGCUGUCGGCAUCGCCAUGGCCCUGUGA